AUGAGGGUCCUUGUGCUUGCCUUGACUGUGGCCUUUGCGGCGGGUUACCAGGCCAACUAUACUCCAGAGUUUUGCCUUGGAAAGAACUACGUCUUCAGAUAUGAAGCUUUGGUUAUGGGUGGUCUACCUGAGAAGGGUCUCGCACGGGCCGGAGUGAAAGUCAAAAGCAAAGUUGUGAUCAGAGCAGAGAGUGCUGACACCUUCACUUUGAAGCUUGUAGAACCUGAAAUCUUCGAGUACAGCGGCAUCUGGCCCACAGAUCCUUUUGCCCCAGCUUCCAAGCUCACCUCAAUCCUGAUUGCUGAGCUCACUACAACCAUCAAGUUUGAGUAUGCCAACGGUGUUGUCGGCAAAGUGUUUUCACCGGAAAACCUCUCUGCAACUGUGCUGAAUGUCCACAGAGGAAUCCUCAACAUCUUCCAGCUGAACAUCAAAAAGACCAAGAAUGUCUAUGAGCUGCAAGAGCUUGGCGCACAGGGUGUGUGCAAGACCCAGUACGUCAUCAGCGAGGACACAAAGGAUGAGCGCAUCAUGUUGACCAAGACUAAGGACCUGAACAAUUGCCAGGAGAGAGUCAUUAAGGACAUCGGCUUGGCAUACACAAAGAGAGCCUCUGAGUGUGAGGCUAGUGGAAAGAGCAUAAAGGGAACCUCUGCUUUUAACUACGUCAUGAAAAAAGAAGCCACAGGUGUUCUGAUCUUGGAGGCAACUGUUACAGAGCUCAUCCAGUUCUCACCUUUCAACAUCUUGAAUGGUGCUGCCCAGAUGGAGUCUAAGCAAAACCUGACCUUCCUGGAGAUUACGAAGACCCCACUGGAGUCCAACAACGCUAAAUAUAUUCACCGUGGAUCCCUGCGGUACGAGUUUGGCAGCGAGCUUCUCCAGACACCCAUCCAGCUUUUGAAGAUCAGAAAUGCUGAGGAACAGAUUGUUGAGAUUCUGAAGCACCUGGUGACUUUCAAUGUAGACAGGGUCCACGAAGAUGCCCCUCUGAAGUACAUUGAGCUCAUCCAGCUUCUGCGUAUGAUCAAAUUAGACGAGAUUGAGGCCCUCUGGAAUAAACAUAAAAAUAAUGUCCAAUACAGGCACUGGCUCCUGAAUGCUAUCCCUUCCAUUGGUUCUAAUGCUUCUGUGAGGUUCAUCAAGAAGAAGUUAAUGGCUGACGAGCUGAAUAAUAUGGAAGCUGCUCAAACGCUGUUGAUAUCUAUAAGCACGGUUACAGCAGACCUUGAGUCCAUCAAACUUGUCGAGGGUUUAAUUGAUAACGAGCAGGUUAAAAAUGGAUCAAUUCUGCGUGAGAUUGUCAUGCUGGGCUACGGCACCCUGUUGUCUAAAUACUGUUUAGAGAACCCAACCUGCCCAGCUGAGCUCAUGAAGUCCAUGCAUGAACGAGUUGUUGACGCUGCUGCCAAAGGUAAUAUCGAAGAGCUCAUUAUCUGUCUCAAAGUCAUGGGUAAUGCUGCACAUCCUGCCAGUCUGAAGCCAAUCAUGAAGCUCCUGCCUAGCUUUGGCAGUGCUACUGCUGAUCUGCCACUCAGAGUUUACAUUGAAGCCGUUCUGGCCACGAGGAACAUUGCUAAGAGGGAGCCCAAGAUGAUCCAGGAAAUGGCUAUUCAGCUGUUCAUGGACAGGGAUCUCCACGCAGAGCUCCGUAUGGUUGCCGCUAUCGUAAUGUUUGAGACCAAGCUGCCCAUGGGUCUGGUGACUACUCUUGCCGAUGCCAUGUUGAAAGAAAAAAAUUUGCAGAUCGGUAGCUUUGUCUACUCUUACAUGAAGUCCAUGACCAGGAGCACCGCUCCUGACUUUGCCUCUGUUGCUGCUGCCUGCAGCGUUGCUUUGAAGAUCCUCAGCCCCAAAUACGAAAGAUUGAGCUACCGUUACAGCAGAGCUCUCUAUUUAGAUGCAUACCACAACUCCUGGAUGAUGGGAGCUGCUGCCAGCGUCUUCUAUGUUAACGAUGCUGCAACUCUUCUCCCAAGAGCCAUUGUGGCCAAAGCUCGUGCCUACCUGGCAGGAGCUUAUGCUGAUGUUCUUGAGGUUGGAGUAAGAGCUGAGGGAGUGCAGGAGGCCCUUCUGAAAAUCGGUAACGUCGCUGAAGAUGAUGACAGGAUGACCAAGAUGAAACGAGUUAUGAAGGCUCUGUCUGAAUGGAGAUCUCACCUUUCCAAACAGCCCCUGGGCUCUGUGUAUGUGAAAUUCUUCGGACAGGAAGUUGCAUUUGCCAACAUUGACAAAGCUAUUUUUGAUCAGGUUAUUGAGCUUGCCAGUGCAGCAUCAAUUCGUAAUUACGGCAAGAAGGCUUUGAAUGCUCUUCUGAAAGGUUUAAAUAAGCAUUUCGCUAAACCAAUACUGGUUGCUGAGGUUCGUCGCAUCUUUCCCACCGCCAUUGGUCUGCCCAUGGAGCUCAGUUUCUAUACUGCUGCCGUGGCUACUGCAUCUGUUGGCUUCAAUACCACUGUUACACCAUCUCUGCCCUCGAACUUCCUUGCUUCCGACCUCCUGAAGCAUAACAUCACCAUGCAGGCUGCCAUUACUCCAAGUGUUUCCAUCCAUACCUACGCAGUUAUGGGAGUGAAUACUGCUUUUAUCCAGGCUGCCCUGGUGUCAAGAGCUAGAAUUCAGACAAUUCUUCCUGCAAAGAUUGAGGCAAGAAUGGACAUGAUUGAUGGCAACUUCAACCUUCAGCUCCUGCCCGUUAAGAACAUCAAUAAGAUUGCUUCUGUAAUUGUUGACACUUAUGCUGUUGCAAGAAACGUGGAAGACCUCGCAGCUGCCAAAAUCACACAAAUGAUUCCAUCUGAACUGAUACCACAGAAUUCAAAGAGUUCCAUCUCUUCAAAGUUUUCAAAGAUUACAUCCUUUUGGGCUAGUAGUAUGUCAGCAUCAUCUGAAAUCAUUUCCAUCGACCUGACAAGGAAAAUGUCCAGCAACCUGCAAUUCAAAUCCUUUGAGAGUAAAAUGUGCACUGAAUUCAGAACCUUUGGAAUCAAGGCAUGCACUGAGAUUCAAUCUCGCAAUGCUCUCAACUUCAAAAGGUGCCUGCUCUACGCCCUGGUUGGAAACCAUGGUUUCUUGGUUCAUGUUAGCCCAGCUCCCGGACCAGUCAUUGAGAAGAUUGAAAUUGAUGUACAGGUUGGAAAAAGAGCUUUACAAAAGAUCAUCAAAGUGAUUAACAUGAGCGAGGAAGAGGAACUUGUCGAGGACAAGAACGUCCUGAUGAAACUCAAGAAAAUCCUGGUUCCUGGUCUGAAGAACAGGACAUCAAGUUCAUCCAGCUCCAGCAGCUCUUCUUCUGGUACCACUAGCUCCAGCAGCUCCCACUCAAGCUCCUCCUCCAAUACAUCAUCCCAGUCCUCCUCCGAAUCAUCCAGCAGCAAGACGGUCAACGGCAGCAAGGCAUCAAAGAGAGUGAGCAGCUCUUCCAGCAGUGCUUCAAGCAGCCAUUCAUCUCUCCGGUCUAGCAGCCGCUCUUCCAGCUCCAGCUCCAGCUCCUCCAGGUCCAGUGCAUUGUUCAAUCAACAACUGUAUAAGAUGAAGUUUAUCAAGAACCACAUCCACCAGCAUGCCAUCUCUGCAGCUCAUACUGACAGCAAGAGCAGUGCCCACAGCUUCAAGGCCAUCUACAAAAAGGCAAAGUACCUCUCUAAGGAGGUCACUCCUGCUGUGACCAUUCUCAUCCGUGCUAUGAGAGCCGACCACAAGGUUCAGGGAUACCAGAUUGCAGCUUACUAUAACAACGAUACCGCCAGACUACAGAUAAUUUUUGCCAACCUGACUGAGACUAACCACUGGAGAAUCUGUGCUGAUAGUGUGAAGCUGAGCGACCACAAGCGGAUGGUCAAGGUUUCCUGGGGCCUUAACUGCAACCAAUACGAUACUACGGUCACAGCUGAGACUGGUCGUGUUGGUGAAGAUCCUGCAAUCAGCCUAAAGUUGGUCUGGAACAGACUUCCAAAGGACAUGAAAUACUACGCAAAGAAGAUCUCUGAGUACAUGUGCCCCAUCACUAAGAAUUACGGAUUAAGUCUGGCAAAGGCCAAAAAUGUUCGCAAACAGAUCAAUCUUUCUGUGGCUGCUGCUUCUGAGACAACCCUGAAUGUUAUGCUGAAGACUCCUAAGAUGACCAUUUUCAAACUUGGUGUGACUCUCCCCGUUUCUCUGCCAAUGAGAGAAACCGCUGUUGAGCUGGAACAAUACCAGAACAAGUUGUCCGAUAGGAUCAUCUACAUGUUCAACAAGGCAGCCGCAGCUGAGUGCGCCAUGGUCAAUGGCACAGUGACCACAUUCAACAACAUUAAAUUAAACAGCAACAACAUGCCCCACUCUUGCUACCAUGUUUUGGCUCAGGAUUGCACCAAAGAACUUAAAUUCAUUGUUCUGCUGAAGAAGGAACAAACACCGGAGGAGCACCAGAUCAAUGUGAAGAUCUCAAACAUUGAUGUGGACAUGCACCGGAAGAACAAAACUAUCAAGCUGAAGGUUAACGGAGUAGAACUCUCCAUGGGAAGCCUGCCAUAUAGCGAUUCUAAAGGCACAAUUAAGAUCUCACAGGAAGGUGAGGCCAUCGUUCUCCGUGCUCCCUGCUAUGGUCUCCAGGAGGUCUACUUUGCUGAGAAUAAACUGACGGUUAAAAUUGCAGACUGGAUGAGAGGACAGACCUGUGGACUCUGUGGAAAGGCUGACGGCGAAGUCAGACAGGAGUACUCCACACCCAACCAACGCCUGACUAAGGACGCAGUCAGCUACGCUCAUUCCUGGGUUAUGGGUGCAAAGAGCUGCCGUGAUGUCUCUGAGUGUUACGUCAAGCUUGAAUCUGUGAAGCUGGAGAAACAGGUAAACAUCCAUGGCCAGGAUUCCAAAUGCUACUCUGUUGAGCCCGUGCUGCGCUGCCUGCCCGGCUGCAUUCCAGUGAGGACCACCCCCGUCACUGUUGGAUACCACUGCCUGCCUGUUGAUGCUAACCUGAACCGCUCUGUGGGUCUGAGCAGCAUCUUUGAGAAGAGUAUCGACCUGAGGGAAACCACAGAUGCCCACCUUGCAUGUCGCUGCACAGCUCAGUGCGCCUAAUACCAUUGCC